AUGGAUUCUACCAAUUUUGUUGAGCUGUUGAACAGUCAACAAGAUACUGUCUUUCCUGAAACCUUUUCUUAUGCACAUUUUUCACAUGGUGGUGAGAACGGUUCAUCUCAACUCCCUACUGAAACCUCUAGCUUAUGUGAAGAGUCACCAACAAAGCGGAGAGGAAGAAGGAAAUGGACAGUGUCAGAUGAUCUAGUCCUCAUUAGCGCCUGGCUAAACACGAGUAAGGACCCUUUGGUGGGCAAUGAACAGAAAGCACGAGCUUUCUGGCAACGCAUUGCAGAGUACUAUGCAGCAAGUCCAAAGGUGGAAAGGGGUGAGAAGAUAGAGCCCAUUCAGUGUAAGCAAAGGUGGCAGAAGAUUAACGAUCUUGUUUGCAAGUUCUCUGGAUGCUAUGCGGUUGCAACAAGGCAGAAAACAAGUGGUCAGAGUGAGGCUGAUAUUGUGAAAAUGGCACACACCAUCUUUGCCAAUGACCAUAAAACAAAAUUUAACCUUCACCAUGCUUGGGAGGAGUUGAGACACGACCAGAAAUGGUGUGAAGCUGCAACGCACAAGAUUACUGGAAGCAGUAAGAAGAGAAAGUGUGAUGGAGCACAAUCAGAUGGAGCAACUUCCCCUCUCUGUGAUCAAGCAACGCAACGACCUCCUGGUGUUAAGGCGGCGAAAGCAGCAAGCGGUAAGAGAAGUAUAGGAGAUCACCAGGAAGGGAAAGGAACAGCUGAGUUUCAGACAAUGUGGUCUAUUAAAGAGAGAGAUUUGAUCGUUAAAUGGAGACUUUCGAAGCAACGUUUGCUUGAAAGUCUCAUCUCCAGAAAAGACCCACUUUCUGAAGCUGAAGAAGCUCUAAAGCAGAAGCUAAUAAAUCGAGUGUUUGAAGAUGUUUAA